AUGAUGUUCCUUUUCCCCCACGUUCUGCAAGUUGUCAGCGCUGCGGAAAGCUGCCACACAACCACCGGACUCAUACCGUGGUACCAGCACCCCUGCAAGCUAGAUUGCAGCACCACCACAGCUCCUUUCGACGACAGCACUGUCACAUUCUUGAAUCUGUGGGCAAAGGUGACAAUUCCUUGCAUGCUGUGGGGUUUCGGCACUGCAGUCGGGGAGCUGCCUCCGUACCUUGUGUCCAAGGCGGCUCGCCUGUCUGGCUCAACAGAUGAGGAGUUUGCAAAGGAGAUGGAGGAGGCCAAGGGUAAGACGGAUCUCUUCAGCCGGAUGAAGCUGUGGACUGUGAACUUCACGGAGAAGCACGGCUUUCUGGGAAUCUUCCUUCUAGCGUCCUGGCCAAAUGCUGCCUUUGACAUGUGUGGCAUGUGCUGUGGGUACCUGAUGAUGCCCUUCUGGACCUUCUUCAUCGCUACUGCACUAGGCAAGGGCGUGGUGAAGGUCAAUGGCCAGGCGGUGGUUUUCGUGAACCUUUUCGGGUCUGCUGCCUUCCAGGUCAUGCUGAAAGGCUUCGACUACCUCAAUGGCGUGGUAGAGGCGGUCUCUGGCCAGAACUUCCAGAUCAGUACGAAGGUGGCCGGAUUGCGAGCCAAGCUCCUGGCAAAGUUUCAGCAGCAGUCCAGAUUUCCGCCGGAGCACCUGUUCACGAAUGACCACGACAAGAGGCUCGUGUUAGAGGAGGUUCUGCAGCUGUACCACACGGAGGACAAGGCCCACGAGAUUGCAGAGCGAGUCAUGCAGGCGUGGGACAUGAACGGCGACAAGGCCAUCGAAGUAUCUGAGAUGCAGAUGGCAGCCUCACGAACAGAUGGGAAAAUUUCCUUGUCAUCAUUAGAUCCUGGUGCACCUACCAGUUUUCUGAAAGUGUGCUGGGAGCUCUUCGUUGUGAGCCUCGUACUUUACUUCGUAGUCUCCAUCAUGAAUCAGAUGGCCCAGUCCAAGCAAGCCGAAUACGAUGAGGCCAAAGUCGAAGAGCGGGCUACUCAGAGCUGGGGCGAUGUUUCCGACACGGAGUCCAGUCUGGAGCCCAGGCCUCAGGCGGUGCUGGUGACCCCUCCACCAGCCUACUCGGAGUCCCUGGACGUGCUGCAGGAGGUGGUCAACCGGGCUCUGCCGGAUGCUGUUCGCCGAGUUGCAGUAGCAUCGGAGCGUGCCAUCAACGAGCCGAUGGAGAAGCAGGCAAAGCGUGGCCGGACCACCGUGCCACCCGAGCUGCUUGCCCAUACAUCUUUGAUGGAGGCGUUCGAUCUUCUCGGAGGACCAACUCUAGCCAAGAGAAGCUAUUUUGCAGACGACGGCAUCCACCUGAACGAAAGAGGUACGAAGCUUCUGGCUCUUGCUGUCUUUGCCGAGCUCCGGACAAAGGUUGGCAAGUACCUGCGCAAGCGGGCAGAUGAAGCAGCCCGGACUGUGCCGGACAAUCCAUUGGGCCUCUGA